AUGCACGACACUGGGGAACCUGGUAAUGUUACUUAUGGUAUUUCAGUCUAUAAUGUUAUUAUCCCUUUGGGAGGAGCCCCAAAUGGCACCUAUUGGUUGUGUGGCAAGAUGGCUUGCUAUAGCCUUCCCCUGAACUGGAGAGGUACUUGUACUGUUGAGUUUGUGGUGACAGCUAUGAGAACCGUUCCAAACAAUGACAAGAAUCUGAAGGCUCUGUUUAGAGUUUGAGGUCUCUGGCUGACAUCACUCACACUCAGGCACCUGCCUCCAGGUUCUUUGGUGUGUUUUUCCCUGGGUAUGGAGUUGCAUGUGCCCUAGAUACGUGAUAUCUCUAAACAAUUGAAUGGGGAACUAAAAUAAUUGCCUAAGUUGGCUCUGCAAAAUAAAGAGGCUCUUGACUAUCUUUUGGCAGGUCAAGGGGGCACUAGUGCAAUAAUUGGAGAUGAGUGUUGCACUUUUCUCCCAGAUCGGUACUGUAAUGUUACUGAUCUUGCCGAAUACAUUGCCACUGUGGCUAAGAACAAUUCCCCACAGCCAAUGGGCUGCAGUGUGUGUUUUUUGCUUAGUCUGCCUAAUUGUAUUACUAACAUGCUGUAAGGCUAUAUGUACCUCCCUGGCUGAUAAGGUCUCAGCAGCCAUCAUGUUUAAUACUCCUUAAGAGGAUGGUGAGACUGAUGAGCUGCUGACGCUGGAUGAACUAACUGUACCAAGUUCUUCUGACCACCCCAACUGCGGUGAAGGUUGCUGAGAGAGAUACCUGGAUCCACGUGUCGCACUGCAGACGAGUUCCUGAUCCAGGAGAAGACGGGCCCCCUCCUGUACUCCCUGUUCACCCAUGACUGCGUGGCCACAUGCCUCCAACUCAAUCAUCAAGUUUGCAGACGACAGAACAGUAGUAGGCCUGAUUACCAACAAUGACGAGACAGCCCUACUGGGAGGAUGUGAGGGCCCUGGCGGAGUGGUGCCAGGAAAAUAACCUCUUCCUCAACGUCAACAAAACGAAGGAGCUGAUCGUGGACUUCAGGAGACAGCAGAGGGAGCACGCCCCUAUCCACAUCUACGGAACCGCAUUGGAGAAGGUGAAAAGCUUCGGCGUACACAUCACUGACAAUCUGAAAUGGUCCACCACAUGCCUCUUCAACCUCAGGAGGCUGAAUUAAUUUGUCUUGGCCCCUAAGACCCUUACAAACUUUUACAGAUGCACAAUUGAGAGUGUCCUGUCGGGCUGUAUCACCACCUGGUACGGCAACUGCACCGCCCGCAACCGCAGGGCUCUCCAGAGGGUGGUAUGCUCUGCCCAACGCAUCACGGGGGACACACUGCCUGCCCUCCAGGACACCUACAGCACCCAAUGUCACAGGAAGGCCAAAAAGGUCAUCAAGAACAUCAACCACCUGAGAAACGGCCUGUUCACCCAGCUAUCAUCCAGAAGUUGAGGUCAGUACAGGUGCAUCAAAGCUGGGACUGAGAGACUGAAAAACAGCUUCUAUCUCAAGGCCUGACUUGCCUAGUUAAAUAAUAUUUACAGUGCCUUCGGAAAGUAUUCAGACCCCUUGACUGUUUUCACAUUUUGUUAAGUUACAGUUUUAUUCUAAAAUGGAUUUGUUUUUAAAUAAUCCUCAACAAUCUACACACAAUACCCUAUAAUGUCGAAGUGAAAACAGGUUUUAAGAAAAAAAAAAAAAAAAAAAAAAAACAUGCAAACUUAAAUACCUUAUUUACAUAAGUAUUCAGAACCUUUGCCUUGAGACUCGAAAUUGAGCUCAGGUGCAUCCUGUUUCCAUUGAUCAUCCUUGAGAUGCUUCUACAACUUGAUUGGAGUCCACCUGUGGUAAAUUCAAUUGAUUGGACAUGAUUUGGAAAGGAACACACCUGUCUAUAUAACGUCCCACAGUUGACAGUGCAAGUCAGAGUAAAAACCAAACCAAAUCAAAUCAAAUCAAAUCAAAUCAAAUUUUAUUGGUCACAUGCGCCGAAUACAACAGGUGCAGACAUUACAGUGAAAUGCUUACUUACAGCCCUUAACCAACAGUGCAUUUAUUUUAAACAAAAAAAGUAAGAAUAAAACAACAACAAAAAAAGUGUUGAGAAAAAAAGAGCAGAAGUAAAAUAAAGUGACAGUAGGGAGGCUAUAUAUACAGGGGGGUACCGUUGCAGAGUCAAUGUGCGGGGGCACCGGCUAGUUGAGGUAGUUGAGGUAAUAUGUACAUGUGGGUAGAGUUAAAGUGACUAUGCAUAAAUACUUAACAGAGUAGCAGCAGCGUAAAAAAGAUGGGGUGGGGGGGCAGUGCAAAUAGUCCGGGUAGCCAUGAUUAGCUGUUCAGGAGUCUUAUGGCUUGGGGGUAGAAGCUGUUGAGAAGUCUUUUGGACCUAGACUUGGCACUCCGGUACCGCUUGCCGUGCGGUAGCAGAGAGAACAGUCUAUGACUAGGGUGGCUGGAGUCUUUGACAAUUUUGAGGGCCUUCCUCUGACACCGCCUGGUAUAGAGGUCCUGGAUGGCAGGAAGCUUUGCCCCAGUGAUGUACUGGGCCGUACGCACUACCCUCUGUAGUGCCUUGCGGUCGGAGGCCAAGCAGUUGCCAUACCAGGCGGUGAUGCAACCAGUCAGGAUGCUCUCGAUGGUGCAGCUGUAGAAUUUUUUGAGGAUCUGAGGACCCAUGCCAAAUCUUUUUAGUCUCCUGAGGGGGAAUAGGCUUUGUCGUGCCCUCUUCACGACUGUCUUGGUGUGUUUGGACCAUGAUAGUUCGUUGGUGAUGUGGACACCAAGUAACUUGAAGCUCUCAACCUGUUCCACUACAGCCCCGUCGAUGAGAAUGGGGGCGUGCUCAGUCCUCUUUUUUUUCCUGUAGUCCACAAUCAUCUCAUUUGUCUUGGUCACGUUGAGGGAGAGGUUGUUGUCCUGGCACCACACGGCCAGAUCUCUGACCUCCUCCCUAUAGGCUGUCUCAUCGUUGUCGGUGAUAAGGCCUACCACUGUUGUGUCGUCGGCAAACUUAAUGAUGGUGUUGGAGUCGUGCCUGGCCAUGCAGUCAUGGGUGAACAGAGAGUACAGGAGGGGACUGAGCACGCACCCCUGAGGGGCCCCCGUGUUGAGGAUCAGUGUGGCAGAUGUGUUGUUACCUACCCUUUCCACCUGGGGGUGGCCCGUCAGGAAGUCCAGGAUCCAGUUGCAGAGGGAGGUGUUUAGUCCCAGGAUCCUUAGCUUAGUGAUGAGCUUAGAGGGCACUAUGGUGUUGAAUGCUGAGCUGUAGUCAAUGAAUAGCAUUCUCACGUAGGUGUUCCUCUUGUCCAGGUGGGAAAGGGCAGUGUGGAGUGCGAUAGAGAUUGCAUCAUCUGUGGAUCUGUUGGGGCGGUAUGCAAAUUGGAGUGGGUCUAGGGUUUCUGGGAUUAUGCUGUUGAUGUGAGCCAUGACCAGUCUUUCAAAGCACUUCAUGGCUACAGACGUCAGUGCUACGGGUCGGUAGUCAUUUAGGCAGGUUAUCUUAGAGUUCUUGGGCACGGGGACUAUGGUGGUCUGCUUGAAACAUGUUGGUAUUACAGACUCAGUCAGGGACAUGUUGAAAAUGUCAGUGAAGACACUUGCCAGUUGGUCAGCACAUGCUCGGAGUACACGUCCUGGUAAUCCGUCUGGCCCUGCGGCCUUGUGAAUGUUGACCUGCUUAAAAGUCUUACUCACAUCGGCUACGGAGAGCGUGAUCACAUAGUCAUCCGGAACAGCUGGUGCUCUCAUGCAUGCUUCAGUGUUGCUUGCCUCGAAGCGAGCAUAGAAGUGGUUUAGCUCGUCUGGUAGGCUUGUGUCACUGGGCAGCUCGCGGCUGUGCUUCCCUUUGUAGUCUGUAAUAGUUUUCAAGCCCUGCCACAUCCGACGAGCGUCAGAGCCAGUGUAGUAUGAUUCAAUCUUAGACCUGUAUUGACUCUUUGCCUAUUUGAUGGUUCGUCGGAGGUCAUAGCGCGAUUUCUUAUAAGCGUCCGGGUUAGAGUCCCGUUCCUUGAAAGCGGCAGCUCUACCCUUUAGCUCAGUGCGGAUGUUUCCUGUAAUCCAUGGCUUCUGGUUGGGGUAUGUACGUACGGUCACUGUGGGGACGACAUCAUCGAUGCACUUAUUGAUGAAGCCAGUGACUGAUGUGGUGUACUCCUCAAUGCUGUCUGAAGAAUCCCGGAACAUGUUCCAGUCUGUGCUAGCAAAACAGUCCUGUAGCUUAGCAUCUGCGUCAUCUGACCACUUUUUUAUUAACCGAAUCACUGGUGCUUCCUGCUUCAGUUUUUGCUUAUAAGCAGGAAUCAGGAGGAUAGAGUUAUGGUCAGAUUUGCCAAAUGGAGGGCGAGGGAGAGCUUUGUAUGUGUCUCUGUGUGUGGAGUAAAGGUGGUCUAGAGUUUUUUUCCCUCUGGUUGCACAUUUAACAUGCUGGUAGAAAUUAGGUAGAACGGAUUUAAGUUUCCCUGCAUUAAAGUCCCCGGCCACUAGGAGCGCUGCAUCUGGAUGAGCGUUUUCCUGUUGAUUAAUGGCCUUGUACAACUCAUUCAGUGCAAUCUUAAUGCCAGCAUUGGUUUGUGGUGGUAAAUAGACAGCUAUGAAAAAUAUAGAUGAAAACUCUCUUGGUAAAUAGUGUGGUCUACAGCUUAUCAUAAGAUACUCUACCUCAGGCGAGCAAAACCUCGAGACUUCCUUAGUAUUUGAUUUUGUGCACCAGCUGUUGUUUACAAAUAUACACAGACCGCCACCCCUUGUCUUACCAGAGUCAGCCGUUCUGUCCUGCCGAUGUGGAGAUGGGAGAACAUUCCAGAAGGACAACCAUCUCUGCAGCACUCCACCAAUCAGGCCUUUAUUGUAGAGUGGCCAGAUAGAAGCAACUCCUCAGUAAAAGGCACAUGAAAGCCCACUUGGAAUUUGCUAAAAGGCACCUAAAGACUCUCAGACCAUGAGAUAUAAGAUUCUCUGGUCUAAUGAAACCAAGAUUGAACUCUUUGGCCUGAAUGCCAAGCGUCACAUCUGGAGGAAACCUGGCACCAUCCCUAUGGUGAAGCAUGGUGGUGGGAAUGUAUUUCAGCGGCAGGGACUGGGAGACUAGUCAGGAUCGAGGCAAAGAUGAACAGAGCAAAGUACAGAGAGAUCCUUGAUGAAAACCUGCUCCAGAGCGCUCAGGAGCUCAGACUGGGGCGAAGGUUCACCUUCCAACAGGACAACGACCCUAAGCACACAGCCAAGACAACGCAGGAGCGGCUUCGGGACAAGUCUCUGAAUGUCCUUGAGUGGCCCAGCCAGAGCCCGGACUUGAACCCGAUCGAACAUCUCUGGAGAGACCUGAAAAUAGCUGUGCAGCAAUGCUCCCUAUCCAACCUGACACAACUUGAGAGGAUCUACAGAGAAGAAUGGGAGAAACUCCCCAAAUACAGGUGUGCCAAGCUUGUACCAUCAUACCCAAGAAGACUCGAUGCUGUAAUCGCUGCCAAAGGUGCUUCAACAAAGUACUGAGUAAAGGGUCUGAAUACUUAUGUAAAUAUUAUAUUUCAGUUUUUUAUUUUCAAUACAUUUGCAAACAUUUCUUAAAACCUGUUUUUACUUAGUCAUUAUGGGGUAUUGUGUGUAGAUUGAUGAGGGGAAAAAAAACUAUUGAAUCAAUUUUGGAAUAAGGCUGUAACGUAACAAAAUGUGGAAAAAGUCAAGGGAUCUAAAUACUUUCCGAAGGCAUUGUGUAUAUUUCUUAAUUCCAUUCUUUUACUUUUAGAUUUGUGUGUAUUGUUGUGAAUUGUUAGAUACUACUGCACUGUUGGAGCUAGGAACACAAGCAUUUCGCUACACCCACAAUAACAUCUGCUAAAUAUGUGUAUGUGUCCAAUAAAAUUUGAUUUGAUUCCAAUAAGGAGACAGUGAAGAGGGAACAGUGGCCUCCUGGUAAACAUAAGUUAUCAGGUUUAGUUUUGUCUGUAAUGAAAACCUUUUUGUUCACCUGGUAAAGUAAUGUUAAAUGGAAAGUUGGGACUGAUUUUAAGAUUUAGCAUAGUGGAAACUUACAAAAUGUUUAUUUUCUCUUCCAGUAGAUGAUGGGUUGUCCCCUAUCAAGUAUUCUGAUGAGUUCAACAAUUAUUAUGUUUCUCUCCCUUUGAAAUGCUUCCUGAGGCUGGUGCCUUGGGAGAGCAGUUAGUGAAAUUCUGCAGUUCUAUAAAGUAUAAAGGUACCCGGAUCUGGCUGUUAAGGGAGCUCACAAUUAAGCCACACACACCAGGAUACACACACAACCCACCCGUUUGUUAGUAGUGUUAAUACAAUCUCUGAUUCAUUGGGUGUGUUUUUUUGUUGUUGUCUUUUUAUUAGGUUUUAGUAGGUUCUUCAUGGGUGAGAAAGGAUGCACCUUAAAGGGCACACAAAUGUUCCGAAUUUUGGUUGUACACAUGUAAGUUCUCCUGAUGAAAAAUUUACUGAAGAAUAACGCAAACCUGGUACGGAGAAUGUUUUAAACACUUUAAAACCGGGAAAGAAAGGGGAAAGAACACUCACUUAAUGGUGUUGAAUGACCUCUGUUCUGACUUGGUGAGGUCUGAUCGCCCUCACUAGAAAGAUCAGAGACAUUGGUUGAAAUUUAAACAUAAUAUGUAAACACUGAUAAUUAUGUAGAAGCGUGUUGUUGUUGUUGUUGUUGUUGUAUGUUUAGUUUUUUUUGUAUUUGCUUCCUGAUUUUGUUUUGUUUUUUACCCUUUUUAUAAUGUAUCAAUAGUUCUAAUUUGGAUUUGGAUGGGUGACAAGGAGAGAGACAGAGCACUGCCCCUGAACUGUUAAGAAAGCACAAAGGGAGGGUUGGGUAAGCUACUCACACACAACAAGCGCAUGAGUGGUGUGAAAGAAACCGGUCUCUAGUCUAUUCCUUAAAUCCCCUUAUGGGGUUACAAUAAUUUCCUUAUUAAUUUAUCAAGGUUUGUAAUAUUAAUUGUAUUUGUUAUUCUGAUUCUUUUGUUUUGUUGAAAUGUUUUCUUCCGAAUAAAUAUUGAGUUACACUGCCAAGGGGAGAAAUGUAGGGAAACAGUACAGAAAAGCUACUCCUACACAUUCCUGUGCACUCAUUCAUAUUUUGUGGAGAGGUGUCAUAUGAUUUCACACUUGGAAAUGUCAUCCUGCAGGUGGUUUCUUAAACUAAUUACAUUUGUUGUAGGACUCUCUUGAGAUCCAUGGUUAGGGAGGGUUUCCUUCCAAGAUUGAGAGAGAACGCACUUUUGUAUACUCUAGCCGAUAACAAGCUACUUUGUAUUAGUGGCUUCUGGUUGAUUACUGUAACCAAUUUUUGAAAUGUCAUACUGUGUUGGCUACAUAUGGGGAGGGUUCCACUGAGGAAGGUACAACCCUUGAACGAUUAGCCACCGGCACUGUUGGGUUAUCUUGGACGCAUGUAUCACGACGUGAGUCGUGUCCAAAGGUUGGAAUGGUCAGUGCAUGCAGAAAAGAAUGGGACGCACCGAAAUGUACUACUUUCGCAGCACAAGUUUGUGCAAAAUGUUUAAUUUGCCAACAACUCAACCCAUUUCUUUGUCUCGACUGCCAGUUCCCUGGGGCCCAUUUGUAAAUAUGCAAAUUGAUUUUGUGCAUAUGCCCACCUGUAAGAGAAAGAAAUGCAUGUUGGUAAUAGCGGAUAGCUACUCAAAAUGGAUUGAAGCUUUUCCUAUCACAAAUGAGGACGCAAAUACAGUGGCUGAGUGCCUGUUGCAGAAAAACUGGACUUAGCCCAAACAAGGUUCUCAUAGCAAGGCCUAUGAGAACGCCAGCAUCCGUUCCAUGUGCUAUCCUAGACCUGCAUUUGCUAGAUGAUACUAUGAUAAAGUAUUGUGUAGCCGUAACUGACUGCAUCCGAGCUGUUCACUCAUAAGUCUCCGCAGCACAGGCCUGACGAGAAACUGCACCACGAGCUCCAGCCAGGAGACAGAGUAAUGGUGAGAUGACACGAUCAAGGGAAAGAACCACUGAAACCCUGGUGGAAAGGGCCGUUCCAGAUCGUCCUGGUCACUCAGACUGCAGUUGCCUUGGACGAUACACGUGGAUCCACGCCUCCCACUGCAAGAAGGUUGCCGAACCGGAAGAAGAUGUUGCUCCUACAGCCAAGUAGCGGUACUCUGUUCGUCCUGGGACACUCAGCAGGUCUGGCUCUGGGACUCCUUUGGGCAUUAGCAGACAAUGGGCCGGAAGCAGGUGUAAGUACUGGUAACUCUUCCUAUCUUCUCCGCCCCAGGAGGACAUGGUCCCCAAAAGGGGGGACCCAGAAGAAGCCCAGAACCACCGGAGACAAGAGAUACGAGAACAUCAUCAACACAACGUGUUUCUGAACCUCACUGCACAUGUGGCCCAUACAAUGAACUCUUGG